UACAGAGACGGCAGUCCAGGGACAACCCUUUGUCGACGGGCUCUUUGUGUUCCACUAGGAGUAACAUCCGCUUUGAGUACUUUGGACGACAAGAAAGACGUGGAUGAUCGUACUGCAAAUCGGCCAGUGUGGCAUUCAAGUUGGGCAACAACUGUUCAAAGUCCUGGAGCAGGAAUACAAAGGCAAAGAAAAGGUUGAUAAGAGCUUGCAAUUCAAACAGAUCAUUGUGGAUACCGAAAGAAAAACAUGGCGCCAACACCAAAGAGCCUCAACCCCCGCAACACCAGCAGCCAAACCAACUUCCGCAUCCGCUCCCAAAACUCCCCCUCCUCGACCUCUCUUCCCAACAACCUACCUAGACAGCGGCACCUCCGGUCGCGGCAACAACUGGGCACAUGGGUACUGGGACAUCACGCAUCUCGAGAAGGUGAUGGAGUCGAUACGGAGAGAGGUUGAGAGGGGAGAUCGAGGGGAAGGGGUUGUUCUGCUGCAUAGCGUGGCAGGGGGCACGGGGGCCGGGUUCGGGUCGCGGAUAGCUGAGGAGUACAGAGAUGCUCAUCCCAAAGGAAAUUUGAUGUCGUACGGCAUAACACCCUUCUCAGCGGGCGAAACCUCCCUGCAACACUACAACUCCCUCCUAUCCCUCGGCUGGGUUCAACGCUACGCCGACAUGGUGGGGAUCUUCUCAAACGACGCGGUCAUGAGCAUCGUAAGCAAACAGUACGGGCUGGUCGGAAAAGCUACGAAAACGGAAAAGAUCACGUUGGAUGACUUGAACGAGUACAUCGCGCGCAGCAUAGCGGGACACCUACUCCCCAUCACGCCCAUCGAGAACGCGGAUGGCAAGCUCGUUUACAAAGAGAAACCAACACCAUCAGACUUCCAGACCUCAGCAGCCGAGCUCGCCCCCGCGCCCAAAUGCAAGAUCGUGCAUUUCGCGUCGUCGACGGUCGUUGCGGGAGCGAUGGGCUCGUCUGGGCCCGGGCUUGGGAAUCUUAACUCUAGGCUUACUGCUGCUGUCGGAUGGGACGACCUCCGGACGAACCUGUUGCGGAACAUUCCGCCCUUAACGGGGUCAUCUAAACGACAUUGUAUAGCAGCCCGCCUCCAAGCCCGCGGCGUGAUCGGGCCCGAGUACUGGACCCGCAACGACCAGUUCGAGGACAAGCUCCUGGCCAAAUUGGGGCUUGUGUGUGGGCCGGACUGGUUUGAUGUGCGGCGGUCGUCUAUGUUUGCCCUAGACCUAAAAUCCCCGCUCCGGUCCCUCGACCUCGCCUACAACGGCAGCGAUGCCCUUACACUGCUCACCGACGUACACACCAAGGCGCAGCGGAUGUACGCGGAAAAGGCGUAUCUGCACUGGUACGAGCGGUACGGCGGGACGGAGGUGUUUGAUGUGUUUGAGGAGUGCUUUGAGACGGUUGCGGGGGCACGGGAUGCGUAUGUGGAUUUUUUGGGCGGUGGGGUGGGGUUGUAGGUGGAGUGGAAAUGACUGGCCCGUUUCUCACGCCCAUACCCUUGUAUUCCUGUAAUUAUGUAUGUAUGUAUACGUUCA